AUGUCCCCUACCCACCUGGCUGCCAAGGACCCUGUUCGCCAGGGCCUGCCUUCCAUCCUCUACCGGGGUGCCGCUUCCUGCCAGUCUUUUUACCUGACCAGGGAAAGCCUCGCCUGGAAUAAACAGGAUGCCGAGAUGACCCUGCCUCCACAGGGCACCAGGCCCCACGGUCACCGCAGAGACAGGAGCCAGCCACAAGCAGAGGCCCAAGUCCAGGACCCCGGGAGGCACCGCUCCCUGAGGCUAGGACCGAGGACUGCCCAAAGGUCCCACAGAGGGGUGGGGGUGGUGUCUUCCCAGAGCUGCCCCCACCCUUGUGCUCCCUCACCUGCAGCCCGCAGCCGCACCCGCUUCAUCUAUCAUCGGGGACCACCCACUAGGACCCACGUCUGCAGGAAGAGGGGCAAGUGGUCCAGGAUUGCAGGGGUCCGGCGGAGCCACACCCGGGUGCCAGGCUGGGCCCACAAAAGACCGAUGGGGAGCAGCCAAGAGGAGCAGCCCCCGCACCUGCCAAGCCAGUCGGGCCAAGACACACCCAUCCAUCCAUUCUCCACACACUACCGAGUGGCCGCUCAGCCCAGGCCCUGUGUCCCCCUGGGGUACAGAUCCAGAAAGGACACCACCUCCGCCCUUGAGGAGCUCACGUGGACCAGCCCAGGAUGCUUUGGGCCACAGAGAGUCCUGAAAAUGGAAGAAUUUUUCCCAGAGACCUACCGUCUGGACAUCAGGGACGAGAGAGAGGCUUUCUUCACUCUCUUUGAUGAAAAUCAGACCUGGAUCUGCAAGCCCACGGCCUCCAACCAGGGCAAAGGCAUCUUCCUGCUCAGGAACCAGGAGGAAGUCGCCGCCCUGCAAGUCAAGACCCAGAGCAUCGAGGACGACCCCAUCUACCGCAAGAUGCCGUUCCGGGCGCCUCAGGCGCGGGUCGUGCAGAGGUACAUCCAGAACCCACUGCUACUGGAUGGGAAGAAGUUUGACGUGCGUUCCUACCUGCUCAUCGCCUGUGCCAUGCCGUACAUGGUCUUCUUUGGUCACGGCUAUGCCCGCCUCACUCUCAGCCUUUAUGACCCCCAUUCCAGCGACCUCAGUGGCCACUUGACCAACCAGUUCAUGCAGAAGAAGAGCCCCCUGUACAUGCUGCUCAAGGAGGACACGGUAUGGAGCAUGGACCACCUCAACCGCUACAUCAACGACAAAUUCCAGAAGACCAAGGGACUCCCUAGGGACUGGGUCUUUACUACCUUUACGGUCCGUGUGCUUCUUCCCGGUGCCAGCCUGUGCACAUCCCAGCAACUGGGAGCAGCCAGGGACCCCCUGCCUCUGGAUAGCUCCCUGCAGCUGCCCGAGGGCCAAGGCUGA